UUCAUUUCGCCCAUGGGUGCUUUCCCUCUGAAUAGGCUCCCUCUCUCUCAUGGAAGCUACCCGUCACUCUCCUCUCACUCUCAACUCUGUUCUUCCUCCCAACUCCUCUUCUCAAUUCGAGCUUCCGGUACAGCUCUCAGAACCUCUCAAGAAUGGUGGGGACGAAAAGGCAGUUCCUCCCACUUCUCUUUCUCUCCCUCUCCGCCUUCUUCUUCCUCUUCUUAUGCCACUCCUACUUCUCCUCCCCUAGCCCCAACCCUUACCCCGAUUUCAUCCAUUCCCUUCCAACUCAUAAUAUUAACACUAAUCCUGGCAUUAUCAAUUCCCAGAAUUUCACUUUUAUAAUCAAAGUCCUCGCCUUCAACCGCCUGGACUCGCUCUCCCGCUGCCUCCGCUCCCUUGCCGCUGCCGACUACCUCUCUGACCGCGUCCAUCUCCAUAUCUACAUCGAUCAUUUUGCCCCCGUAAAAAAUGAUACCCUCGAAUUGGACGGUUCGCAUCGAAUUCUGAGCUUCGUGGAUGUGUUCGAGUGGUGGUUCGGAGAAAAGAUCGUGCAUUAUCGGACCAGGAAUGCGGGGUUGCAGGCGCAGUGGUUGGAGGCGUGGUGGCCGAGCUCUGACGACGAGUUCGCGUUCGUGGUCGAAGACGAUUUGGAGGUCUCGCCUCUCUAUUACAAAUUUCUGAGGAGAUUGAUCAUGAAUUUCUAUUAUAACGCUUCGAACUUUAGCCCCUCCAUCUACGGGGUUUCACUGCAGAGACCAAGGUUCGUCCCAGGUAAACAUGGAAACAAAAUACAAUUGGAUAGCAGAACACGACUUUUCUUGUACCAGAUAGUUGGCACCUGGGGUCAACUUCUCUUUCCAAAACCUUGGAAAGAAUUCAGGUUGUGGUAUGAUAAACAUAAAGUCAAAGGAAUCAAGCCAUUUCUUGAUGGGAUGGUGACAACAGGAUGGUACAAGAAGAUGGGAGAGAGAAUAUGGACUCCUUGGUUCAUUAAAUUUAUUCAUUCCCGUGGUUAUUUUAAUAUCUACACCAAUUUUUUAGACGAAAGAGCGCUCAGUGUCUCUCACAGGGAUGCUGGUGUUAAUUAUGGGAAGACAGCUGGGCCUGAUUCUCAAUUAUUGGAUGGAAACUCCCUUGAUUUCAGUCUUUUGGGAAUGCCAACCUUGCGUAAUCUUAAAUGGUUUGAUUUCUGUUUCAGAGAAGUACGCCCUGGAAGAAUUGUAGUGAGCAUUGAUGAACUUGGCCCUGUUCUUCAAGCUGUGCAGAAACAGCAGACCCUUAUUUUUAUAAGCCUCUUUGGAGUAUCAGCAUUGGUCACCAGGAGCUUGAUAUGUCACUUUGAGAGGCUAAACAUUUGGAACUACAUACUUGUGGGCCCUGAAUCUGACCUCCUGCUUGAUCUCGCAAGAAGGGGGCAUCCGGUGAUUAAUGCUGACAAAUUUUUUAGUAAUGUUAGAGAGCACAAAUCGAUGCCUUCUCAAUAUUCCAAGGCAGAGCCGAUCAAGCAGAUUUUAGUCAAGGCCUAUGUAAUCAAGAAGUGUUUGGAGUAUAGGUAUAAUUCUUGGAUGGUGGAUGGGAACAUGCUUUUCUUCAGUAGUGGGUUGUUUCUUGAUUCCAUUGAUCCAACCUAUGAUUUCUAUGUUGGGAACAGCUUAGAACUUUUAUAUGUCAAGGGCUCCCAUUCUGCUGAGACAUUCUGGGUUGGCAAUUUAUUAUCCAAGGUGGAAGCAAUGAUGAGCUCAAGGAAAGUCGCAUUGUCCAGGGAUGGAGUUAGUUUUGUGUACAUAACAGCUAAAUUAUUGGAACAAAAGGGUGAGAAGAUUAUGGGGGCUCGAUGAGAUAAGCUUUGGCAUAAAGAUUGUUACCGAAAAUGUGAAUCAAUCUUCUAUAAGGAAUGGGAAGAAGAUAGUUUUUUGGUCUUCUGAGAUAGGUCUAAAUAUAAUUCAAAUGCGGCUUCAGGAGUUGGGUAUGUGGAUUCUGGACAGUGACUCAUCGUGCAUGGCUGUUGCUUGCCACAGAUUAUAGCAUCUCUAAUGGAUCUAAACACUUUUAACAUUUUCUGUAAUCAAUGUGUACAAAAUAUUGCUCAAAUUCUUUUACACCCUACUACUUGAUAGGUUUGUCAAAUUUUCAUAGCACUAAUGCUCUAGAAUUGAUUUGCUCGGCCAGCAA